AUGACGACUGAUACUUCUCAGACCCAAGAGGUUUUAACAAAAAUCGAUAAUUACGUUUCACUAGGUUCGAGUGGUCUAAAAGUUUCUCCACUAUGUCUUGGAACGAUGACAUUCGGACAACAAGAUGAGAUAGUGUCUAAACAAGUAUUUGAUAAGUAUUAUGAGCUUGGCGGAAAUUUCUUUGAUGCUUCAAAUUUUGGAGAUGGUGAAAAUGAAAGCAUGUUAGGCAAAUUUAUAGCUGGUAAACGAUCAAAAGUCAUAAUUUCCACAAAAUAUUCAACUCAUCCAAAAGUCCAAAACCCAAAGGAACCUAAUUUAGGCAGUGCGAACAGGAAAAGUCUGGUUGAAAAUCUGAAUGCUAGUCUGGAACGGUUGGGAGUUGAGUAUGUCGACAUUUUGUACACACACAUUGAUUACAAUGAUAAAAUCGAAGACGUGUUAAGGGGAUUAGAUGAUGUAGUUCGAAGUGGCAAGGCACUAUACAUUGCAAUAAUUAAUACGCCAGCAUGGAUCACGAGCGAGGCAAACGCAAUAUCAAACCUUCGUGGGUGGAGUCAAUUUAUCGCAUUAUCAACACAAUAUAACUUGAUCGAUCGUUCAUUUGAGUUCGAUUUGCAACCUAUGUGUUUGAAGCAUAAUAUCGGCGUUGUCUCGUAUAAUACCAUUGCUUCUGGAUUCUUAUCUAACCGAUACACUAAAGAAUCUCUUGCUUCUGAUAGCGACUUUCCUGCCAAAAAGGUCGUUUCUGAGUACGCUGAAAAUGAGCAAAAUUGGAAGAUCCUUGAGGAAGUUGUUCGAAUUGCUGAAGAGGCUGGAAGAACACCCUCUGAAAUCGCGAUCAACUGGACUCUUCAACAGCCAGGAAUCACUUCUGUAGUGGCAGCUGCAAGGAACUUGGAAAUUCUGGAGGAGAACAUAAAUGCUUUAGGGUUCAAACUUACUCCAGAACAACUUUCAACCCUCAAUAAUAUUUCAUUACCACGUGCAAUUCCAUUCACACAGUUUUAUAAACCUAAUCCAUUACACUUUGCUUCCAAACCUACAUCUGAAUAUAUAACUUCUUUGAAGAAGCUCAAAACAUCUAAAACAGAUACUGAAUAA